UAUGAUGUGAAAAAUUAUGCGUGCGCAGCUUAUGUAAGAUGGAAAUAACUUCUUGAAGUUUUAUUUAUUAGUAUAUCACAAAUUAUAUUACCGAACAAAUUUUUCAGGUUUCUUAUUACAAGAAUUCGAAAUGUUUGUUUCAUUUAUUACUGUAGACUUCCAUCUGUUUGAGUUCCCCAGAUUUCAGUUGUUUUUGUGAUCGAUCGCUACAAAAUCUAUAAGGUUUUAACAUCAAUGGUUAGUUGCCCUGAAAUUUAAAAGGCAACAGACCUUGAUUUAUUCAAUUUUAUUGUGAUACUUGAACUGGAAGGCUUUUGUAAUACACAGUUAAUAAAACCUGUUGCCAUGGGGAGAAAGAAGAUACAGAUAUCUAGAAUCACUGAUGAAAGAAAUAGACAGGUUACAUUUACAAAAAGGAAAUUUGGAUUGAUGAAAAAGGCAUAUGAACUUAGUGUCUUGUGUGACUGUGAAAUAGCACUUAUCAUAUUUAAUAGCACAAAUAAAUUAUUUCAGUAUGCAAGUACUGAUAUGGACAAAGUACUUUUGAAGUAUACAGAAUAUAAUGAACCUCAUGAAAGUAGAACUAACUGUGACAUAGUUGAGGUUUUAAAUAAAAAAGAGAGCAAAGGCUCUUCCAAUAGCUGUGAUAGCCCUGAACCAGAUAUGGAACAGUAUUCCAUUUCCAGUAGAUCUGAUCCUAAAUUUCAAAAAAUCAAUGAAGAAUUUGAAAUGAUGAUGCAAAGAAACACUCAAGUUAAUGGAAACUCUAGGUGUCCACAAGGAUCAUCCAUUGCUUCGGAGCUACCACCUUCACCUUUGCCAGUAACUGUGAGCUAUACACCUGAACCAAAUGUUCUUGACCAUGGUCCUUCAUCUGUGAGCCCACAACCCACCUCUUGUGGCAAUUUAUUGGAUGUUAGCCGAGGAAGCAAUGGGUACCAAAGGGGUAGUUCACCAUGUUCUCUUCCUGGCAGUGUUUCACCAGAUGGAAGUAUUGAUGGUAGACAUAGUAGACAUCCAUCACCAUCACGGUCAAAUUUCCAUGUCAUCAUACCAAAUGCUCCUCAUUCCCCACCACCUAUGAAUUGUCGGACUUCUCUUGGACCUGCACCUAUGGUUUCUGUUUCUACACCUAAUAAUGUGUCCAGUUAUCCGUCCAAUCUGUCUUCUUUUAAUUCAAGUGACUUCCAUUUAAGUCCUGAAUUAGGUCUUAAUAGCAGCUUCGCUUCAUCAGGUUUUACUCACAACUGGUCAGGUUCUACACAUAUGAACAGUUCAAAUUCACUUCACAUGGGUGGAAGUCCUAUGCCUCAUCUUACUCUCAGCUCCAACAACUCCCAGCUGUCUCCUCUCUCGAUGCGUAUCAAAAGUGAACCUUGCCCAUCUCCAGGACGCAGAACACCUAUGCAUGGAAACAUUUCCCCUUGUAAUGUUCUCACUCAAUCUGCAUCCCCCUCCCCAGACCCACCUACUCUGGACUAUGAGGGAAGCAUCUCCAAGAGACAGAAACUCAGCACCGAUAGCUGGGGAACAUAGCAUUCAGAAAAUUUGUUGAAUUUGUGCUGGCUGUAAGUUUUUGUCUAGUUAUAUGAGUGUACAUAAAACGGGCGAGUAAAAUUGUGUGACCAAAAACUGUGGCAAAUAUUGGUUAUUUUUCUGUUUCUUGAAGUGCUGUAUCUUUUUGCUUCCAAAGUUAAUUGUAAUUAUUGUUUAAUGAAAGGUUUUUAAGAAAGAUAAAUAGACAAUCAUGCUGCUAAACUUCAAUUAUUUUCCAGUUUGAGCUUCCAAACGAUGAAUGAUUAGUUUGAUCUAGUGAUUAGAUAUAUUUUUAAAAAAUAUAUGUACUUUUUUUUUUUUUUUUUGUGGAUGUAGUUAUAAAUAUCUUACAUCCUGAAAUAACAAGUCUUCUUCAUUUAGGAGUACUUUAAAUUUUAUUUUUUAUUAUUUGUAGGCUCAGUUUUUGUAAUCUAAUUUUAUUUCAUAAUUGUAUGGAAAUUAGUUCUGUGUUCUAUUUUAAAGAUUUUUUUUAUGUAUAUUUAAUUAAUUGUGAUUUCUACUAUGCUUUAAUUUUGACAAUUUUCAAAGUUGGUAAUUAUAUAAUUAAUAUCUUAGUUAAUAUAUAAUUAUUAAUAUAGUAUUUUUAAUAAUUAUAUUAUUAACUACUUGGAGCAAUAACUUGAUGCAUGUAUUUGAUAUUAAACAUUUGUAAAUACAAUCAGAAUUCAAAUCUUACUACAUAUUGAUUUUAUUCUCAUUUUUUUAGUCUGUCAAAAAUUACUAUUCAUUGUUUUUCUUGUGCUUAUCUUUUUGUUGAUUCUUUCAAUAAGUAAAGAUAGUAAUUCUACAAAAUAUUUCACAAAUAAUAUCUGCAUAUCAGAAAUGCAGAUGAUGACAUUGAUGAAUUAUUCUCAUUUGCUUUUGUUUUGCAUUUUGACUAGUCAAGAAGCCAAAGUAAAGGUACCAUUGCAACAAAAUAGCAUUUGUUGAUUUUUGAAACUUUUGCUCCAAUUAGAAAGAUUAUUUAUUUCUUAAUAUUGUCUUAACCUGGUUUCCAUUGUUUAUCUAUAAUAAUAAAAAAAUAUCUGUUGUCCUACAAAGAAUAUAAUUCUGUUUCGAAUAAAAUGGGAAUAAAAUCACAGGAAACAAUUGAGAAAAAUUCUGUAAUUUGUAAUCUAGAUUUAUAUUGGAGAAAAUGAUAUAUUUACAUAAUGAAUGCUAUUGUUUAAUAUAGUUCCUAAUUCAUUGAAAAUUGUCAAAAUAAGACUUAUUUUUAUGCUAUUUAAAUUAUGCUAAUUUUUAUGGUAUUUUUUUAUUAUUUUUUAUUUAAAAAAAUAGUUACACAACCAUUUUUUAAAAAUAAAGUUGUAAUUCAUAUUUAAUAUAUUCCACAAUAUAAUAGAAUACUACUGAAUUUUUUGUAUGAAAAAUUUAAUUGUUUUUCUAUUUUAAGUUUUUUUAUACUAAUGCUGCAGUACUUCUAGAAACAGAAAAUACAUUUUUGUUUAACAGCACAUUUCUAUGUGAAGAAAAGACUUGCUGUGAUUCACCUAAUUCUUAAAGAGGCAUGACUUUUUUAUGACUGCCCAUAAAAGCACCAAAUAGAUUGAGAGAAAAGGAGAUAUAAAACAUUUUGGCAUGGGUGUUAUAAUGUUAAGAAUAUAAUAAUAAACAUUAUGGAAUUGUUGUUGUAUUGUAUACUAAAUAUGAUAUACAUUAUCUUUCCUUUAAAGUAUGAGAAUAUAUUUUAUGAAUAACUUUACUGCUAGUUAUAUGGAGGGAAAGUUAAUGCAGUUAGACAUGUUAUAAAUUACUUAUUUGUAAUAGCCCAAAGAACUUAUGUUUGUUUGCAAAUUUCCUUUGUUAUAUAUAUGACCAUUUGUAAAUUGUAAUUUAUUAUUUUGAAUUAGCUUUUAAAGAUUCUAUUUUAAAAGAAAUUUGCUUUUAGUUCAUUCUUGAAAUUAAAAUCAAACUAUAUCAAAAUGAGUAAUCUUUUUGCAUCUUUUUUUAAAAAAUUCCUUUUUAAUUGUAUAUUUUAUGCUGGGCCUUUUAUAAUUCACUUGUUUUAAUCUAAUUUCAAUGCUAUGAAAUAAAAAAAAAAAAUUCAAAAUAUUUCCUUUUUUAAAUAAUGAAUAUCUUUUAUGAAAAUAAUUUGCCAUUCUGAACUUUUUAUAUAUUUUAAAAUUUUUAUUGGGAAUUUUUGAUUAUUAAAUAUAUGCUUCAAUAUAAGUUUUCACAUUUUUGUGGCAAAAUUGAAUGAAAAAUUUUAAAACUAAUAAUCUAUGAACAUUGAGAAUGUGCGGGAAGUUUCAGUUAUGAAAAGAUAAGUAUCUUAAUUCUGUAGCAAUUUUUCGAAAAUUCCAGUUUAUGUAAUUAUUCAAAUUUUAUCUAAUUUUUUAAAACUGAAAACUAUCUAAUUAAGAAAAUAUUAAAUGUUUACCUUUUUCGACAAUUUCAAGGAAUGAAUUAAUUGGUUUUGAAAAGUAUACAGAUGGUUGUUCUUAUGUUUUUUAAAUAUCUUUUGAGUAAUUGAUUUUAUUGAAGAAAAAAUGUUUAUAAAAGUUUUGACAAGGAUUUUUCUUUUCAUUCCUUUGUAAAUGAAAUAUUGUUCUUUAUAUAUAUAUAUAUUUUUUUCUAUCUUAUAUAAGUUAUAAAGACAGAAUAUGUGAUUUAAAUUUGAUGGAAAAAUUAAACUUUUCUAAUAAAAGUUUCUAGUUGUUAAGCACUGUGAAUACUCUAGGAAUAGUGGUGAGCAGUUUAGCAUUUAAUUAAAAGCUAAAAAAAAACUAUUUUUAUUAGAAAUACAAAUCUAUUUUCUAAGUAUUUAUGCUACAAAAGAUUUUGUAAAAGAGAGAAAAUUCCAUUAAAGUGAAAGUAUUUUGAUUCCCUGUUUUUAUAAUUCAUAAAAUGAGUUUUAUUAGAUUUCAUAACUUUCCAGUAUAAAUAUGAAAAUAUUAAUUGAAAUAUGCAUUAAAAUUAUUAUUGCAGAGAAGAUUUGAGCAAUUAACUUUAUCCUUGAUUAAGUGUUUAUAGUUUUUUUUCUCUGUCUAAUAUAUAUUGAAAUGUUUUUUUAAAAAAAAUUUUUAUAACAUAUCAUAAGCUUAAAGAGACUUCUAUAACUCUUUAAUAUUGGUUUUACUUCUUUUGUAUAAUGUGCAGUAGUAUUGCCAAUACAUUGAUUGUAAUAAUUUUGUAAAAAUAUGAUUUUUUGAUGUUAGCAUUAAAAUAUUGCUUCAGCUUCACUGGCUCCAAACCUACUAAAAAUAUAAUUAAUGAAAAAAUAGCUAAUUUUCCUUGAUUAUUAUUUUAAUACUGAAUUAUGUUUUUCUUCUCACAUUUAACUAUUAAUUUAGUUGUAAAAACAUUGAUACAGAAUCUUGUAUAUGAUCUCAAUUGUUUACAUGUUUCAUGGCAGUGCAUUUUGCAUUCAUUUUUACACCCAUGCCUUAGAUGGUAUUGUUUCCAAACAAUAGUUAGUGAAGCAGGAUUAGCCAGAGACUGUUUUUUACACUACUUGGGCACAUAAAAAGAAAUAUAUUUUCUUUAGACUACUUUGCACAGAAGGAACCGUUGAUACGGUAGUACUUACAUGUUUGAUUACUACUUGGUGGUUGCGUGUUGAUAUUUACCACCAAUAAAAUGAUGUACUUAGUGUAUAAUUGCAUGCUGAAAUAUAUAUAUAUAAUGUGUAUAAGAGCAGUGAAGAGUACUUUUACCAGAUUAAACUUUUUAAUGUUUUAUGGAGUAUAAAAAGUUAUGGAUCUUGACUAAAUAUUUUCUGUGAAUUUUGCAUGAUGAAAUAUUUCUAAGCAGGAUCAUCUACAAAAAUCUGUCAAGAGCCAUGUAAUUUGAUUUAAAAUUAUGGCUUUGCUGGUAUAUUAUCUAUGUGUCGAUAUGAUCAUAGUUUCAUCAAUAUGAAGCUAAAAUGAUAUGUAAAAGUGCUUUCCUGCUUUAUUAAGUCAGUGUAGAGCAUAAGCAAUUAACAUGCUAUCCAUAUUUUAUUAUAAAGUUUGGUUAAUCAUGAGAUCUGUUUACAGGAACUAUCUGUAAACAAUUGUUUCAGUGGUAUGCAGGUAUUAUAAAUGUUAGGUAUAUUUUUGCUGUGUGAUACACUGUUCAAAUGGCUUACAAAUGAACUAAAAUCAAGUAAAAAAUAAAUAAAUAAACAACCAGCUUUGACUUCCCCUUCCAUUUGUUUAUUUAUUGUUUGCUGACUGCAUAUGUUAUAUUAAGUGUGUAAAAUAUGUGUAUGUGUUCAUAUUUAGGCCAAUAAAGUAGAAUGUAUUGUGAACUUAAAUGGACUGUUUGCUCAAAGAAACUGUAGUUUUAUAAAGUCAUAAAGUAUUUUGUUACUUGCUUGUGCCAUUGAUGACUUUUUGUGUUUACUUUCAAAGGUUACAAUAUUCUAGUUAAUUCACCACUGUAUAAAUCAUAAUUUUAAUUCAUCAGAAAGUUUUAUAUAAGUACCAAUGUUUGUAUAUUAUUAGUGUUUAUUGAUAUUAAAACAGAGUGAUUUUAUUUCAAAUGAUAUAUCAAAUGGAGAGAUUAUAAAGUUGAAUAAUUUUAUUUGAUGCAAAAGCAUCAAAAAUCGAAGGGAAAUAGUGUCAUGCAUUUCUCUCAUAUCUUCAUUAAGUAUAAACAAAAAAUAUUUUUAGUCCUAGUUCCUGAUGUAUCCUUAAAAAGUGAAUGGUAUAUAUUGUUGUGUCAGUUAAGUUUUGAAAUUUCUGCAAUGUGAAUCAGUUUUUCUUGUUUUUAGCUUGUAUAGUUGUCAUGUGAUGUAUUGUUUAUUAUGCUGAGUGCCAUAUAUAUAUAUCAUAUAUCUAUCUCUUAAACUGUUGAUGUUUGAUUGUGAAAGAAAAAUACUCCACUACAUGUGAAAUAAAGUUUUAAAAAAAAUUGCACACUUGUUAUGUGAAAUGUAUUCUUGUUAAGUGGUCUCAAUGCACAUGUAUUAGAAAAUUGUUCUAUAUUGAUCUAUGUCUGUGCUGUAAAAACUGACUGCUUUGGAAUCUUAUGAUAUAUAUAUAAAUAUUAAUAUUAAUUUAAAAUUUAAAAAUCAAAAUUAAUGUUGUUAAUACUCAGGGUUUUUUUAUGUUGAAAUUUUAUGUGAAAGAUUAUCAAAAUUUUAUGAAUCAAAAUGCAUCAAUUCAGAUUAUGGACGAUGUUAUUCUUUUUUUUUUUUUUCCACCAAAUUUCUGCUUUGUUUGCAAUCUGUGUUAACUGUUGUUAUGGAUAUUCCUUUGUCUUCUGUGGGUGCAUGUUAAAUAGAUGUGAAUUGCAUAGUGAGUAAAAGUAAAUUGUUCACUAACUCUGUUACUGCACCAACAAUAGUUUUGUUUUUGGAUGCUCAGUUAUGUGUUACACAAAAUAAAAGUAAUUCAAAAUUA